AUGGCCACUGUCAUUCCUGGUGAUUUGUCAGAAGUAAGAGAUACCCAGAAAGUCCCUUCAGGGAAACGUAAGCGUGGUGAAACCAAACCAAGAAAAAACUUUCCUUGCCAACUGUGUGACAAGGCCUUUAACAGUGUUGAGAAAUUAAAGGUCCACUCCUACUCUCACACAGGAGAGAGGCCCUACAAGUGCAUACAACAAGACUGCACGAAAGCCUUUGUUUCUAAGUACAAAUUACAAAGGCACAUGGCCACGCACUCUCCCGAGAAAACCCACAAGUGUAAUUACUGUGAGAAGAUGUUUCACCGGAAGGACCACCUGAAGAAUCACCUGCACACACACGACCCCAACAAAGAGACGUUCACGUGCGAGGAGUGCGGCAAGAACUACAACACCAAGCUCGGCUUCAAGCGGCACCUGGCCUUGCACGCGGCCACGAGCGGCGACCUCACGUGCAAGGUCUGCCUGCAGACGUUCGAGAGCACGGGCGUGCUGCUGGAGCACCUGAAGUCCCACGCGGGCAAGUCGUCGGGGGGCGUGAAGGAGAAGAAGCACCCGUGCGAGCACUGCGACCGCCGCUUCUACACGCGCAAGGACGUGCGCAGACACAUGGUGGUGCACACGGGAAGGAAGGACUUCCUCUGCCAGUACUGCGCGCAGAGGUUCGGGCGCAAGGACCACCUGACGCGGCACAUGAAGAAGAGUCACAACCAGGAACUCCGGAAGGUCAAGACGGAGCCCGUGGACUUCCUGGAUCCCUUUACCUGCAACGUCUCCGUGCCCAUCAAGGACGAGCUCCUCCCGGUGAUGUCCUUGCCUUCCAGCGAACUGUUGUCGAAGCCGUUCACAAACACGCUGCAGCUGAACCUCUACAACACUCCUUUCCAGUCAAUGCAGAGCUCGGGGUCUGCCCACCAGAUGAUCACAACUCUGCCCUUGGGCAUGACGUGCCCGAUAGACAUGGAUGCUGUCCACCCCUCUCACCACCUUUCUUUCAAAUACCCGUUCAGUUCUACCUCAUACGCGAUUUCCAUCCCCGAAAAGGAACAGCCGCUGAAGGGGGAGAUCGAGAGCUACCUGAUGGAACUGCAAGGCAGCGUGCCCCCCUCUUCCCAGGACUCUCAAGCAUCGUCGUCUAAACUAGCGUUGGAGCCGCAGAUCGGGUCCCUGGAUGACGGCACAGGGGACCUCUCCCUGUCCAAAAGCUCGAUUUCCAUCAGCGAGCCCCUGAACACAGCAGCAUUGGACUUUUCUCAGCUGUUUAAUUUCAUACCAUUAAGCGGUCCCCCCUAUAACCCCAUAUCGGUGGGGAGCCUUGGGGUGAGCUCUCCCCAGGAGGAGGCACAUUCUUCUGUGGCUCAGCUCCCGCCACAAACCCAGGAUCUUCCGGAUCCUGCCAGCACCAUAGGUCUGGGCUCUCUGCACUCACUGUCAGCAGCCUUCACCAGUAGUUUAAGCACAAGUACAACGCUGCCGCGUUUCCAUCAAGCUUUCCAGUAG